AUGGUACCCAGAACAGUGGGAGUGGUGGUUAAGGAGUCAGGGGAAGUUGUAACACUUUCUGAUGUUGCAGGAGAAGCAGUGGUCAUUGUUGAUGCUCCUUGGGAAGGACUGACAGAUGUUGGGGAUCCAGUAAACACUGUGGAAGUCUCUGUGGUACUCAGAACUGUGGGAGUGGUGGUUGAGGAGGCAGGGGAAGUUGUGACACUUUCUGAUGUUGCAGGAGAAGCAGAUGUUGGGAACACAGUACUCACUGUGGAAGUCUCCGUGGUACUCAGAACAGCGGGAGUGGUGGUUGAGGAGGCAGGGGAAGUUCUGACACUUUCUGAUGUUGCAGGAGAAGCAGGGGUCGUUAUAGAUGCUUCUUGGGAAGGACUGACAGAUGUUGGAAACACAGUACUCACUGUGGAAGUCUCUGUGGUACUCAGAACAGUAGGAGUGGUGGUUAAGGAGUCAGGGGAAGUUGUAACACUUUCUGAUGUUGCAGGAGAAGCAGUGGUAAUUGUUGAUACUCCUUGGGAAGGACUGACAGAUGUUGAGGAUUCAGUAACCACUGUGGAAGUCUCCGUGCUACUCAGAAGAGUGGGAGUGGUGGUUAAGGAGUCAGGGGAAGUUGUGACACUUUCUGACGUUGCAGGAGAAGCAGUGGUCGUUGUUAAUGUUUCUUGGGAAGGACUGACAGAUGUUGGGGACACAGUACUCACUGUGGAGGUCUCCGUGGUACUCAGAACAGUGGGAGUGGUGGUUGAGGAGGCAGGGGAACUUGUGACACUUUCUGAUGUCAGAGGAGAAGCAGUGGUCGUUGUUGAUGCUUCUUGGGAAGGACUGACAGAUGUUGGGGACACAGUACUCACUGUGGAAGUCUCAGUGGUACUCAGAACAGUGGGAGUGGUGGUUGAGAAGGCAGGGGAAGUUGUGACACUUUCUGAUGUUGCAGGAGAAGCAGUGGUCAUUGUUGAUGCUUCUUGGGAAGGACUGACAGAUGUUGGAGAUUCAGUAACCACUGUGGAAGUCUCCGUGGUACUCAGAACAGUGGGAGUGGUGGUUAAGGAGUCAGGGGAAGUUGUGACACUUUCUGAUGUUGCAGGAGAAGCAGUGGUCAUUGUUGAUGCUUCUUGGGAAGGACUGACAGAUGUUGGAGAUUCAGUAACCACUGUGGAAGUCUCCGUGGUACUCAGAACAGUGGGAGUGGUGGUUAAGGAGUCAGGGGAAGUUGUGACACUUUCUGAUGUUGCAGGAGAAGCAGUGGUCGUUGUAGAUGCUUCUUGGGAAGGACUGACAGAUGUUGGGGACACAGUACUCACUAUGGAAGUCUCCGUGGUACGGAGAACAGUGGGAGUGGUGGUUAAGGAGUCAGGGGAAUUUGUGACAAUUUCUGAUGUCGCAGGAGAAGCAGUGGUCAUUGUUGAUGCUUCUUGGGAAGGACUGACAGAUGUUGGAGAUUCAGUAACCACUGUGGAAGUCUCCGUGGUACUCAGAACAGUGGGAGUGGUGGUUGAGGAGGCAGGGGAACUUGUGACACUUUCUGAUGUCACAGGAGAAGCAGUGGUCAUUGUUGAUGUUUCUUGGGAAGGACUAACAGAUGUUGGGGACACAGUACUCACUGUGGAAGUCUCCGUGGUACUCAGAACAGUGGGAGUGGUGGUUGAGGAGGCAGGGGAAGUUGUGACACUUUCUGAUGUUGCAGGAGAAGCAGUGGUCGUUGUUGAUGCUUCUUGGGAAGGACUGACAGAUGUUGGGGACACAGUACUCCCGGUGGAAGUCUCCGUGGAACUUGGAACAGCGGGAGUGGUGGUUGAGAAGCCAGGGGAAGUUGUGACACUUUCUGAUGUUGUAGGAGAAGCAGUGAUCGUUGUUGAUGCUUCUUGGGAAGGACUGACAGAUGUUGAGGACACAGUACUCACUGGCAAAGUCUCUGUGGAACUUGGAACAGCGGGCGUGGUGGUUGAUGAGUCAGGAGAAGUUGUGACACUUUCUGAUGUUGUAGGAGAAGCAGUGGUUGUUGUUGAUGCUUCUUGGGAAGGACUGACAGAUGUUGAGGAUGCAGUACUCACUGUGGAAAUCUCCGUGGUACUCAGAACAGUAGGAGUGGUGGUUAAGGAGUCAGGGGAAGUUGUGACACGUUCUGAUGUUGCAGGAGAAGCAGUGAUCAUUGUUGAUGUUUCUUGGGAAGGACUGAAAGAUGUUGGGGACACAGUACUCACUGUGGAAGUCUCUGUGGUACUCAGAACAGUGGGAGUGGUGGUUGAGAAGGCAGGGGAAGUUGUGACACUUUCUGAUGUUGCAGGAGAAGCAGUGGUCAUUGUUGAUGCUUCUUGGGAAGGACUGACAGAUGCUGGGGACACAGUACUCACUGUGGAAGUCUCCAUGGUACUCAGAACAGUGGGAGUGGUGGUUGAGGAGUCAGGGGAAGUUGUGACACUUUCUGAUGUUGUAGGAGAAGCAGUGAUCGUUGUUGAUGCUUCUUGGGAAGGACUGACAGAUGUUGAGGACACAGUACUCACUGGCAAAGUCUCCGUGGAACUUGGAACAGCGGGCGUGGUGGUUGAGGAGUCAGGAGAAGUUGUGACACUUUCUGAUGUUGUAGGAGAAGCAGUGAUCGUUGUUGAUGCUUCUUGGGAAGGACUGACAGAUGUUGAGGACACAGUACUCACUGGCAAAGUCUCCGUGGAACUUGGAACAGCGGGCGUGGUGGUUGAGGAGUCAGAAGAAGUUGUGACACUUUCUGAUGUUGUAGGAGAAGCAGUGAUUGUUGUUGAUGCUUCUUGGGAAGGACUGACAGAUGUUGAGGACACAGUACUCACUGUGGAAGUCUCUGUGGUACUCAGAACAGUAGGAGUGGUGUUUGAGGAGGCAGGGGAAGUUGUGACACUUUCUGAUGUUGUAGGAGAAGCAGUGAUCGUUGUUGAUGCUUCUUGGGAAGGACUGACAGAUGUUGAGGACACAGUACUCACUGGCAAAGUCUCCGUGGAACUUGGAACAGCGGGCGUGGUGGUUGAGGAGUCAGGGGAAGUUGUGACACUUUCUGAUGUUGUAGGGGAAGCAGUGGUUGUUGUUGAUGCUUCUUGGGAAGGACUGACAGAUGUUGAGGACACAGUACUCACUGGCAAAGUCUCCGUGGAACUUGGAACAGCGGGAGUGGUGGUUGAGGAGGCAGGGGAAGUUGUGACACUUUCUGAUGUUGUAGGAGAAGCAGUGAUCGUUGUUGAUGCUUCUUGGGAAGGACUGACAGAUGUUGAGGACACAGUACUCACUGGCAAAGUCUCCGUGGAACUUGGAACAGCGGGCGUGGUGGUUGAGGAGUCAGGGGAAGUUGUGACACUUUCUGAUGUUGUAGGGGAAGCAGUGGUUGUUGUUGAUGCUUCUUGGGAAGGACUGACAGAUGUUGAGGACACAGUACUCACUGGCAAAGUCUCCGUGGAACUUGGAACAGCGGGAGUGGUGGUUGAGGAGGCAGGGGAAGUUGUGACACUUUCUGAUGUUGUAGGAGAAGCAGUGAUCGUUGUUGAUGCUUCUUGGGAAGGAGUGACAGAUGUUGAGGAUUCAGUAACCAUGGUGGAAGUCUCUGUGGAACUUGGAACAGCGGGCGUGGUGGUUGAGGAGGCAGGGGAAGUUGUGACACUUUCUGAUGUUGUAGGAGAAGCAGUGAUCGUUGUUGAUGCUUCUUGGGAAGGACUGACAGAUGUUGAGGACACAGUACUCACUGGCAAAGUCUCCGUGGAACUUGGAACAGCGGGCGUGGUGGUUGAGGAGUCAGAAGAAGUUGUGACACUUUCUGAUGUUGUAGGAGAAGCAGUGAUCGUUGUUGAUGCUUCUUGGGAAGGACUGACAGAUGUUGAGGACACAGUACUCACUGGCAAAGUCUCCGUGGAACUUGGAACAGCGGGCGUGGUGGUUGAGGAGGCAGGGGAAGUUGUGACACUUUCUGAUGUUGUAGGGGAAGCAGUGGUUGUUGUUGAUGCUUCUUGGGAAGGACUGACAGAUGUUGAGGACACAGUACUCACUGGCAAAGUCUCCGUGGAACUUGGAACAGCGGGCGUGGUGGUUGAGGAGUCAGGGGAAGUUGUGACACUUUCUGAUGUUGUAGGGGAAGCAGUGAUCGUUGUUGAUGCUUCUUGGGAAGGACUGACAGAUGUUGAGGACACAGUAGUCACUGGCAAAGUCUCCGUGGAACUUGGAACAGCGGGCGUGGUGGUUGAGGAGGCAGGGGAAGUUGUGACACUUUCUGAUGUUGUAGGAGAAGCAGUGAUCGUUGUUGAUGCUUCUUGGGAAGGACUGACAGAUGUUGAGGACACAGUACUCACUGGCAAAGUCUCCGUGGAACUUGGAACAGCGGGCGUGGUGGUUGAGGAGUCAGGGGAAGUUGUGACACUUUCUGAUGUUGUAGGGGAAGCAGUGGUUGUUGUUGAUGCUUCUUGGGAAGGACUGACAGAUGUUGAGGACACAGUACUCACUGGCAAAGUCUCCGUGGAACUUGGAACAGCGGGAGUGGUGGUUGAGGAAGCAGGGGAAGUUGUGACACUUUCUGAUGUUGUAGGAGAAGCAGUGGUUGUUGUUGAUGCUUCUUGGGAAGGACUGACAGAUGUUGAGGACACAGUACUCACUGGCAAAGUCUCCGUGGAACUUGGAACAGUGGGAGUGGUGGUUGAGGAGUCAGGGGAAGUUGUGACACUUUCUGAUGUUGUAGGAGAAGCAGUGAUCGUUGUUGAUGCUUCUUGGGAAGGAGUGACAGAUGUUGAGGAUUCAGUAACCAUGGUGGAAGUCUCCGUGGAACUUGGAACAGCGGGCGUGGUGGUUGAGGAGUCAGGGGAAGUUGUGACACUUUCUGAUGUUGUAGGGGAAGCAGUGAUCGUUGUUGAUGCUUCUUGGGAAGGACUGACAGAUGUUGAGGACACAGUACUCACUGGCAAAGUCUCCGUGGAACUUGGAACAGCGGGCGUGGUGGUUGAGGAGUCAGGGGAAGUUGUGACACUUUCUGAUGUUGUAGGGGAAGCAGUGGUUGUUGUUGAUGCUUCUUGGGAAGGACUGACAGAUGUUGAGGACACAGUACUCACUGGGAAAGUCUCCGUGGAACUUGGAACAGCGGGCGUGGUGGUUGAGGAGGCAGGGGAAGUUAUGACACUUUCUGAUGUUGUAGGGGAAGCAGUGGUUGUUGUUGAUGCUUCUUGGGAAGGACUGACAGAUGUUGAGGACACAGUACUCACUGGCAAAGUCUCCGUGGAACUUGGAACAGCGGGCGUGGUGGUUGAGGAGUCAGAAGAAGUUGUGACACUUUCUGAUGUUGCAGGAGAAGCAGUGAUCGUUGUUGAUGCUUCUUGGGAAGGACUGACAGAUGUUGAGGAUUCAGUAACAAUGGUGGAAGUCUCCGUGGAACUUGGAACAGCGGGAGUGGUGGUUGAGGAGUCAGGGGAAGUUGUGACACUUUCUGAUGUUGUAGGGGAAGCAGUGAUCGUUGUUGAUGCUUCUUGGGAAGGACUGACAGAUGUUGAGGACACAGUAGUCACUGGCAAAGUCUCCGUGGAACUUGGAACAGCGGGCGUGGUGGUUGAGGAGUCAGGGGAAGUUGUGACACUUUCUGAUGUUGUAGGAGAAGCAGUGAUCGUUGUUGAUGCUUCUUGGGAAGGACUGACAGAUGUUGAGGACACAGUACUCACUGGCAAAGUCUCCGUGGAACUUGGAACAGCGGGCGUGGUGGUUGAGGAGUCAGGGGAAGUUGUGACACUUUCUGAUGUUGUAGGGGAAGCAGUGGUUGUUGUUGAUGCUUCUUGGGAAGGACUGACAGAUGUUGAGGACACAGUACUCACUGGCAAAGUCUCCGUGGAACUUGGAACAGCGGGCGUGGUGGUUGAGGAGGCAGGGGAAGUUGUGACACUUUCUGAUGUUGUAGGGGAAGCAGUGAUCGUUGUUGAUGCUUCUUGGGAAGGACUGACAGAUGUUGAGGAUUCAGUAACAAUGGUGGAAGUCUCCGUGGAACUUGGAACAGCGGGCGUGGUGGUUGAGGAGUCAGGGGAAGUUGUGACACUUUCUGAUGUUGUAGGGGAAGCAGUGAUCGUUGUUGAUGCUUCUUUGGAAGGACUGACAGAUGUUGAGGACACAGUAACAAUGGUGGAAGUCUCCGUGGAACUUGGAACAGCGGGCGUGAUGGUUGAGGAGUCAGGGGAAGUUGUGACACUUUCUGAUGUUGUAGGGGAAGCAGUGAUCGUUGUUGAUGCUUCUUGGGAAGGACUGACAGAUGUUGAGGACACAGUAGUCACUGGCAAAGUCUCCGUGGAACUUGGAACAGCGGGCGUGGUGGUUGAGGAGUCAGGGGAAGUUGUGACACUUUCUGAUGUUGUAGGAGAAGCAGUGAUCGUUGUUGAUGCUUCUUGGGAAGGACUGACAGAUGUUGAGGACACAGUACUCACUGGCAAAGUCUCUGUGGAACUUGGAACAGCGGGCGUGGUGGUUGAGGAGUCAGAAGAAGUUGUGACACUUUCUGAUGUUGUAGGAGAAUCAGUGAUCGUUGUUGAUGCUUCUUGGGAAGGACUGACAGAUGUUGAGGACACAGUACUCACUGGCAAAGUCUCCGUGGAACUUGGAACAGCGGGCGUGGUGGUUGAGGAGGCAGGGGAAGUUGUGACACUUUCUGAUGUUGCAGGAGAAGCAGUGAUCGUUGUUGAUGCUUCUUGGGAAGGAGUGACAGAUGUUGAGGAUUCAGUAACCAUGGUGGAAGUCUCUGUGGAACUUGGAACAGCGGGCGUGGUGGUUGAGGAGUCAGGGGAAGUUUUGACACUUUCUGAUGUUGUAGGAGAAGCAGUGAUCGUUGUUGAUGCUUCUUUGGAAGGACUGACAGAUGUUGAGGACACAGAGAAGCAGUGA